AUGUCCUCAUUUGUUUUGUUUUUCAUCGUAGUUAUAGUGCAUUUAAUAUCAAGUGAGGAAGUCCGAUUGGAAGAUAAUUGUAUACCUAUAAACCUCGAAAAUGGUUUGGAAAAUUUCGACGACACUAUCGGCCAUUGUGCUUUCAUACAGGGCGUAUGGGAAGUUGGUUAUUAUGCAGAUAUUCCUAUACAACCUCCGCACGAGUCCAGCAGAACAUUUAUAACACCAAAUCAACUCUCAUGUACGUCAUCAUUUGAUUUUCAAAUAAGGGCUACAGGGCGUGUGGAAGUGACAUUUUAUAUGUCAGUUACUGCCGGAAAUGAAUUUUUGCAAGUUAGUGUGAAUCAAAGAUUGCAAAAUGGUGGUACAGUGCAAGCAAAUCACGAAAUUUAUAACAUUAGUGUCAUUGAGAACAAUCAAUGGAACACAAAAACUUUUACAGUGGGAAGCACCGGCAGCUACAGCGGUUUUAUAACAUUACUAGGCUCAAAAAAUCCUGGCUCAACAAUCCUAGUAGAUUCUUUCCGUUAUAUACCACCGGAUAUGGAAGAAAAUCAUGAAGACUGUGAACUUUAUGGCCCGGAAGAUAGUGAUGAAACAACGGAAUCUGAGGAAGACACCACGACAGAGUCAGGUGAACAAAGUACAACUGAAUCAGGCGAACACAGUACAACUGAAUCAAGCGAAGACAGUUCAACUGAAUCAGGCGAAGACAGUACAACGGAGUCAGGCGAACACAGUACAAUUGAGUCAGGUGAACACAGUACAACCGAAUCAGGCGAAGACAGUUCAACUGAAUCAGGGGAAGACAGUACAACGGAAUCAAGCGAACACAGUACAACUGAGUCAGGCGAACACAGUACAACUGAAUCAGGCGAAGACAGUACAACGGAGUCAGGUGAACACAGUACAACUGAAUCAGGCGAACACAGUACAACUGAGUCAGGCGAACACAGUACAACUGAAUCAGGCGAAAACACUACAACUGAAUCAGGCGAA